UGGACGGCGUGUGGAAAGUAAAUUGUGUAUAAGGAAGUUGUUGGCUUUCAAACCACGAGUGAGAAGUACUGUUGUAUUUUUAGACUAAACAACGUAAACCCAUAGAUCAAAGAGAAAGGAGCACUGCUGAGCUGGGGCAGGGCCGCAGUUCGGCGUGAUUGAAUGGCCGAAGGUUCUGUUACUGACACUCUGGAACUAAAUCCAGACACACCAGAGUUUGUUCCACGCGCGAAACAGAACCAGCAUCGCUCCAAGAGGGGUCGGCCACGUUCAGAUGCCGAGCGGAAUCGAAGUGAUCACCAUACAGCCCCGCCGCCUCAGCAAGCCUUCUCCUUUAACACUAAUCAUGAAGGAGGAAAGCCUCAUGGACAUGAAAACUGGACAAGACCUCCUGAUCGCCAUUACUCUCCUCAAAGAGAUGACGGCAGGAGAGGUAGAGGAAGGCCAGGGAGAGGUGGUGGAGGAGGAGGAAGCAGAGGAAAUGGGAAUGGUAAUGGUAAUGGUAAUGUUUUUGAGAAUGAUGGUGACCGUACUGGUCAAGGGCGUUCAAGGGGGCAAAAUCCAAGAUGGCACAAGCCAGGGAAUGGUAGAGGGCACUUAAGUCGGAAUCAGGGAGAUGUCCCAGUCUCAAUGCCAGAAAUGCCACCCAUUUCCCAAACUGGCAUUGAAGAACCGCGCUGGCAGAAACCCUCAGUGGUCCCAAACAACACAGUGAUGGGCAAUUUGGAGCUCCGCGACACCCGUCCAAAAAAAACUCGAAAGUUCAACCAAGAACCCAGGAGAGGGCGUGGCGAGAAAAGUCCAAGAGGACCCCAAACAACAGACCGGAAUGAGAACCAGGAGAACUGUGACUCUGGAAGGAACUGGGCCUCAGCUGAGCCUCCAGAACCAAGACCCAACUCGGACGAGGAUUCAGGGCCUCGGAACCACAAGGGUUGGAGAGCUCCCAUCAGGAAUCCUCCAGGUGAGACCAGGAAGAAGCCCCCGGACCACCGCUACUCUAAGGACAACUGGAGGGAGCAUCACACAGCAGACAAGGGGACACGGAGAGGAGACAGGGGCCAGAGAGUGGCUUCACCCCCUAGGAGCCCCCUCCCAAACCCAGAGGAGCCCAACUGGAGGGGUGGAGCAGGAAGAGGUCAGGGCAGACGUACCCCACUGCAAGACAGAGGCCAAAGACACACAGGGGGACCUGACCCUAGACCUGGGCACAGGAGACGUGUGGAUCAUGUGCCCAAGAGCAAAGAGACUCAAACAGGCUGUCUGAUUGAGCAGCUGACUGAGGAGAAGUAUGAGUGUAUGGUGUGCUGUGAGGUGAUCCGCGUCAUGGCCCCAGUCUGGAGCUGCCAGAACUGCUUCCACGUCUUCCACCUCAACUGCAUUAAGAAGUGGGCUCGCUCACCUGCCUCACAGGCCGAUGAUGGAAUCGAGGGAUGGAGGUGUCCAGCCUGCCAGCACGUGGCAUUCAGAGCGCCGAACUCCUACACAUGCUUCUGUGGCAAAGUUACAAACCCAGAAUGGCAGCGGAGUGAGAUCCCACACAGCUGUGGCGAUAUGUGUGGAAAGAAGAGGAGUGGCGCAAACUGCAAUCAUCCUUGCAACAUCCUCUGCCAUCCGGGACCAUGUCCACAAUGCCCAGCCUUUGUGUCUAAAUCCUGCACCUGCGGAAAGACCAGCCAACUGGUACGUUGCAGCCAGACAGUGGCCAUUCGCUGUGAGGAGGUGUGCGGUGCUAUGCUGACCUGCACCGAGCACACCUGUGCCCAGGUGUGUCACAGCGGGCCCUGCCAACCCUGUCAGCUCCAGGUCCAGCAAGUGUGCUACUGUGGCGUGGUGUUCCGGGAGGUUCCCUGCGGUACUGAUAAGGAACACUUUGACGGUUCUGGACACUUCACCUGUCAGAAGCCAUGUGGAAAGAUGCUAGACUGCGAGAGUCACCGGUGCCAGCAGCUGUGCCACGCUGGGCCGUGCCUGUCGUGCCCGCGUUCGCCCCGACUAGUGCGCACCUGCCCCUGUGGCCAGACCACCCUCAGCAAGCUGCUGGAGCUGGGCUACCCAGAGAGACACUGCUGCAGCGACCCCAUCUCCUCCUGUGGCAAGACCUGCGGGAAACCUCUGCCAUGCGGCUCCACUGAUAUCAUUCACAUGUGUGAGAAGCUGUGCCAUGAGGGCGUGUGUGGGCCCUGUUCCCUCACCUCCACCAUCAAAUGCCGCUGUGGCUCCAAGACCAAGGAGGUCCCAUGCUCAAGUAUCCAAACAGAAGGCGACAUGAGUUUUUCCUGUGAAAAAAAGUGCAGCAAAAAGCGUUCCUGUGGCCGACACAAGUGUGGGGGACUGUGCUGUGUGGACAUGGAACAUAAGUGCUCUCUGAUCUGUGGCUAUAAACUCAACUGCGGUCUGCAUCGCUGCCAGGAGCCCUGUCACCGUGGUAACUGCCAACCCUGCUGGCAAACCAGCUUUGAUGAGCUGGCGUGCCAUUGUGGGGAGACGGUGCUCUAUCCGCCCAUCUCCUGUGGCACCAAACAGCCUGAGUGUAAGAACCCCUGUGCCCGGCGGCAUGAAUGUGACCACCCAGUUUUCCACAACUGCCACAGUGAGGAGAAGUGUCCCCCUUGUACCUACCUCAUGAAGAAGUGGUGUAUGGGGAUGCAUGAGCAAAGGAGCAACAUCCCGUGCCACCUGCAGGACAUCUCUUGUGGUCUGCCCUGCAACAAGCUGCUACCCUGCGGCUCCCACCACUGCAAGCGCAUCUGCCACCGGGUAGAGUGCCAGGCCGAGAGUGAGCCGUGCCGUCAGCCGUGCGUCAUCCCCCGGCCCGAGUGCAGGCACCCCUGCACCGCACCCUGCCAUCAGGGCAAGCCUUGUCCACGGAACACCUGCACCACCAAGGUGACACUGCAGUGUGACUGCGGGCGCAAGAAGGAGACAGUCUCGUGCACAGAGGCAGCAAGCUCUUACCAGAGGUACGCUGCUAUUGCUAUGGCAAGCAAGUUGUCAGACAUGCAGCUGGGAGACUCUGUGGACAUUGGGCAACUCAUUCCCAAGAAGGAGUCAAAACAGGCCAAGUUGGAAUGUGAUGAGGAGUGUGCCAUGCAGGACAGGAACAAGCGAUUGGCUGAAGCCUUACAAAUCGACCAAUCGGUUGAUCCUUUUAACAACAGAUCCACAUCCAAGUACAGCGACUCUCUCAAGGAGGAUGCCAGAAAAGAAUUCAAGUUUGUCAGUGAAGUUGAAGUGGUAAUCAAAAAUCUAGUUGAACUGGCAAACAAGGGCAAACAACCGAAGCGGUGCCACUGUUUUGCGCCCAUGAGUAGGGACCACCGGCGCAUUGUUCACGAGUUGGCCGAGGUGUACGGCGUGGUGAGCGUCAGCUACGAAAGUGAACCCAAACGCAACGUGGUCAUCACUGCCAUCAGGGGAAAAUCUACCUGCCCUAACUUCACCCUGAUGUCGCUGAUCGAGAGGGAGACCAGCGGCAGAGCCCCCCCUCCCAUUGCCCACAUCAAGCAGCACAGCAGCAAGAGUGACACUAGCAUUAGCUGGCUUAAACCAACAAAAGAAGAGCCUGCCAUUGAUUACUUUGAUGUCCAGGACUGACAGGGAGCCACAGCUGGCCAGUCAAAGUGACCGCUACUCAGAAGACCAAGAAAGUUACAGUGCACCAAUCCGCAGUCCGCUACCUCUAUGGUAAUGGCAGACCAGCAGAUAGUAUUCUCUGUAAUCCUUUCAACACCCUUCAGAACUCAGUGGGAGAACUAACAUGUUUGAUUGAUUGAUUGACUCUUGAUUGACUAUUAUUUCUGAAUUUAGUGAAGGUGUGUUUGCUAGAUCUGACAUGGAUACCAGUAGAGGUUUUUAUUAACUCCUUCUUUUUUGACUGAGAACCUGACUGAGAAGUCGAGGAUGCAAGGCCAUUCAUAUCGUCCUUCAUCACUAGGUGCGUUCUAGUGGAAGUUUAAUCAAAUUACCAUUUCACCCCUUAGAGCCACAAUCAAUGAAUUAUCAGUGAUCACAGAAAGACUACAUUUCAUUUACUUAACACAAAACCCCAUGCUUUGUUUUCACACUGUAAAUGAGGAAAGAGUCUCAAGAGAGAACCGGUUAUUAAGCUCUUGAAUGUUGCCGCAUGUCUAAUUAUUAUGCAAUUACCCAUGGAGGGUUUCAGUGGUGAGUAAUCAAGGGUUUUGCCAAGAGUGACCACUAGAUGGUGGUAAAGAAAUUUGCUGUGCAGCCAACGAGUGUAUAUGAGUUAUGUCUGUAAACUACAUAUUAAAGCAAUUCUUGAAAGUG